UCUCUUUUUUCUAGAAUAUAUAACCCCCUUAAUUCUUCUUACAUUUUUCUACUCCUUUUUUUUUUUUUGCUUUGUGGGUCUGAGUUAAAUUAUGAUGAAAUUUGUGGGUUUUAAAGUGUUUAAAAUCAUGAAGUUUAUGGUUGUGGUGAUGUUAUCAGUUGCACUUCUUGUUGUUGCUGGUGAUGAAGAUGCAUCAUUCAUUGGGGUGAACAUAGGAACUGAUCUUUCAGACAUGCCACAUCCAACACAAGUGGUAGCCCUUCUGAAAUCCCAACAAAUCCGCCACAUUCGGUUAUAUGACGCCGAUCGGGGUAUGCUUGUUGCCCUUGCUAAUACGGGCAUUAAAGUCGCGGUCACUAUCCCAAACGAACAACUUCUUGGUAUCGGGCAAUCAAACUCGACCGCAGCCCAUUGGGUAUCACAAAACAUUAUAGCUCAUUACCCUGCCACCAAUAUCACCACCAUAUGUGUCGGCUCUGAGGUCUUUAACUCCCUCCCGAACGCUGCCCCUAUUCUAGUUACCGCUCUUAAGUUCAUCCAUGGGGCUCUUGUGGCGUCAAACCUUGACCGUCAGAUCAAAGUAUCAACACCCCUUGCAUCAACUAUCAUUCUUGAUUCAUUCCCGCCGUCACAAGCCUUUUUUAACCAUUCAUUAAACCCAGUUUUGGUUCCACUUUUGAAGUUUUUACAGUCUACUGGAUCACCACUUAUGCUUAACAUUUUCCCUUACAACGACUAUAUGAAUUCCAACGGCGUGAUACCACUAGAUUAUGCACUUUUUAAUCCUUUGCCUGCAAAUAAAGAAGCUGUGGAUGCAAACACCCUUUUACAUUACUCCAAUGUUUUUGAUGCAAUGGUGGAUGCUGCUUAUUAUGCUAUGGCUUUCCUCAAUGUGACUAAUGUUCCGGUUUUGGUAACCGAGUCAGGUUGGCCAUCGAAAGGUGACCCGAGAGAGCCCGAUGCCACUUUAGACAAUGCAAACACGUACAACAGCAACUUGAUCAAGCACAUUAUAAAUCAAACCGGGACCCCAAAGCAUCCUGGGAUCCCGGUCAGUACUUACAUUUAUGAGCUCUAUAAUGAAGAUACUAAAGACGGGCCUGUCUCAGAGAAGAAUUGGGGAUUGUUCGAUGCAAACGGGAAACCAAUUUACACACUGCAGUUGACUGGCUCGGGUCAAACUUUUGCUAAUGACACUGCAAACCAGACUCAUUGUACUGCAAAGGAAGGCGCUGACUCGAAAAUGCUGCAAGCAGCUUUGGAUUGGGCUUGUGGGCCCGGGAAGGUGAACUGUUCCGCUUUGUUGCAAGGCCAAGCUUGUUAUGAACCAGAUAAUGUGGUUGCACACGCAACGUUUGCUUUUGAUAGUUAUUAUCAUAUGAUGGGAAAGGGUGAGGGGACUUGUGACUUCAACGGUGUCGCAAUGCUGACCACCACGGAUCCAAGUCAUGGAUCUUGUCACCUUUUUGGAAGUGAUGGGAUGAACGGAACAUUUUUGAACAGCACAAUAGCGGAUUUUAAUUCUACAAGCUCGUCAAGCUGGAGGGGACGCAGUGACUAUGUUGGUGCCGGUCUUUUGAUCAAGGUUAUUUUGGCCACAUUGUUCUUGUGAAUGAUGUUAUGGUCUGGAAAUAUUUAGAUGGGUCCAUUUCCUGUGGAGACGAUUCUUCGUUCUCCCGAUUUUGGCAGUUCUUGGAAGUUGGACGGACAUAUGGAGACUUGCUUUUGUACAAAACGACGGACUUAGAAUGCGAAUUUUUGUUGUACUUCUGUUGUUGAGAGUCUCACAUUGAAUGAGAUCAUUGAAGAAUUGUAAUCAGGAUUAUUGAUUCUUUAUUUUCUUAAUCUGAUGGUAGGUUAUGUUGCUUAGUGUCACAACAAUAUUUAACAUUUUAACCUACAAUGUAAUGCUGUCUUGAUCAAAACUUGUGGAUGUAUUUUGAUAGUUUUGGUGAUUGAAUCCUUGACCCUUCUCUGAUGUA